GUAUGCUUCCGAUUUUGAGCUUUCCAAAUUGAAAGUUAUCAAGAAGCAAAAAAUAAAAGCAGCAGGAUGUCUCAUGUCUGUCAGUUUUCAGCUUUGUUAAAAAUAUUUAUUUAUGACAAUACUGGCGCAUGCGUCGCGGCUUUCAAGUGAUUGGACCUUCUAGAAACCCGGAAGUAGCGUAUGAAGGUCCUUUGCGAUGGUCGGAGUUUAGAUAACGUUUCCUCGUUAUAGGUCCGGAGUUGGUGUCAAAAUGGGUGUUAAAAUAGAGGUGUUCAGAAUGAUGCUGUAUCUGUCCUUUCCUGUGGCCAUGUUUUGGAUCUCUAAUCAAGCAGAGUACUUUGAAGAAUACGUAAUAAAGAGAAAGAGGGAGAUCUUCCCCCCUAACGAGGCACUGCAAAGAAAAGAGCUGGAGGACUUCAAAGAGCGAAUGCGUAUUCGUAAGGAGCAGCAAACAUUAAAAAAUAUUUCUGUGGAAUCUGAGAACUGAAGAUUGUGCUGAAGAAAUGCAUAAGCUUUCAGCACCACUGAUGGAGGAUUAUGCUGGAGUGUUUUUUGGGCAAAAGAAAACAGAUCGGACUGGAGUAAGGCCAUGUCACGCUGGAAAUCACUGCAAAGUUACCACAUCUCAGAAGUGUGCUGGGUGUCUUCCAGGGAUUCAUUAUGGAGUUGCUUUGAUUGAACUGUCAUAAAAUAAAUAAUUAUUUGAGUUAUAUGUCCAGUGGUAUUUAGUAUAAUUGUCAUGAUUUAUUUUGUGAGGUACAAUGCCUUUAAAAUGUAUUCACCCCGUUUUUUUUUUCCUGUUUGGAGUUUUAUAAUAUUGAAUUGCAGUGAAUGUAAUUAGGCUUUUUUGACACUGAUAAACAAGAACGUACCAUAAUGCCAAAGAGUAAAACAAAUCUCCAUAGAAUGACCCUGCAUUAAUAACAAAUGUAGAACAAAGUAACUGAUUGCAUAAGUAUUCAGCCCCUUUAGUAUUCAGUAUUUAAUAGAGGCACCAGUGGCAACAAUUACUGUCUCUGGUCUAUGUUAAAAAGGUGUGGGUAGCUUUUUGUAAUACAAAUGUUCCCACAAGUCACAGUUCAUUUACAGACUGCAGCAUCCCCACAUCACAAUGCUACUACCACCGGGCUUUGUGGUGGAUAUGGUGCCUUUCUGGUCGUAGAUGUUUUUUUACUUGUACAUCAAACAUAACUUUAGUAUGAUAACCAGAUAGCUCAUAUUUGUUUCCAUCAGACUAUAGAACAUCUCUCCACUGUGUUUUACAUACUACUCGUGCCUUCUGGGACACAAUAGCUCAGAUAUUCUGAUUUCUUAAAAGGGUAGAAUAACUUAUUGCAUUGUAAAUGCAUUACAUGUUUCUUUGACUAUGUAUUUUUUUCACCUUGCAGAUACAGCUAUAUUUAAUCUAAAAUCACUUGUAUCACUUGUUAUAUCUUGACUACACACAGGUUACCAACUUGUGAUGACGUAAAACAAUUGGAUUUACCAGUGAUGUUUUAGUUGUGUAAUAGUUUAUCACUGAUGUAAAAGCCUAAUUGCGUGAAAAAGUUGAGCGGGGGGUUAGCUUUAUAGUUUGUGAUUAUGUGUAUACUUCUUGUAAAUGUGAUUUUAAUGCUGUUUUUCAUUUUCAACUCAUUGUAAGUUGAUUUUGUUUCCCCUAAGAGAAGCAGUUACUUGUGCACUGGAUAUGGCUGAGUUUAUAUAUAAGAAUAUAUCUCUUGUUGCGCA